AUGAAGCUUCACUUUGGGUUCUCGUCUCUGCUUGCUACAUUUGCUUGCGUUUCGAAUAUCGUUCAUCUGACCUCAGCAGCGAACUCCUUUGCUGGGUCGAACCUUUAUUAUGCCGCUGGUCUGUCCUCAUCCGACAGAGAGACACUUCUUCAGGGCAUGCAAGAUGCGGGAAUGAAAGUACUCCGCGUCUGGCUUGAUGGGCAAUCCACGGCAACCACAAAGGGAACAACUAUCACAGCAUAUCCUUCACUGGAACCCAACCAGAUCGGCGUGUUCAACGAUAAAGUGCUUGAAUUACUCGAUGACUUUAUGAUUGCAUCCCACGCACACGGAAUCAAGUUGAUGAUCAGCAUGCAUAGUUUUAACGCGCUUCAAGGAGGUGAUGUCUAUGGUGCCACUUAUGGCACAGGGUUCUUUUAUGAGUGGCAGAAUGCGACAUCACAGUUUGAUAAUCGCCUUCGUCAUGUCAUGAACCAUGUCAACCCACAGCUGAACAAGCCCUGGAAACAGCUCUCAGACUACAUAUUUGCCUUUGAGGCACAGAACGAGGCAAUGAUUGGCAAGGUUAGUACAAUUUCUAUGCAGUGUGACAGGGCUAACACUAUCAAGAGCGUGCUAGGUGAUAACAGCGGCAUACUUAUCACAACGGGCGGUGAAUCUUUCCUCGACGAAUCGGUGCAGCCGGACUGGCUUACAUGCGAUGCACUUGACAUUGUCGCAAUCCAUGCAUAUGGAGUUGGAGACUUUGAUACUUCGAAGAUCCAAGGAGUUGUUAGUCGAGCACAGGCUGCUGGGAAGAAACUAAUCUUCCAGGAGUGGGGAAGUUGCUACUAUACCACCGAGAACAACAACUGUCCACAAGGAGAUGUUCUGGAUACCGCCACGCGGAAUAACAAUAUUAAGACUUGGGCAAGUCAAAUCACCGCCGCCGGCAUGCCAUGGAUGUACUGGCAGGUUAUACCCAAUGCCGAUCCCCACUUUGGGUCUGACUAUGAAAUCGGAGUGAACGUCGACCCGUCUUGGGACACAUUGAAGCAGGCGUCGCUCGCAGCUUUGAAGGCUCCUGCAGCCUUUGACUACUCGGCCUUCUUGCCCUGA